CUUGUCUUUCUUUCUUGCUCUACUUUGCUGCAGGUUUUUCUUGUUAUUGUCAACUGCUGUGUUCAACUAGACCAUUCAGAGUCAUGGCUCUCACUGCUGUUCACCCAUUCAAACAAUACUCGCGCGAGCAGCAACAACAGCAACAAAAGUUACAACCUCAGUUCCAGCAUCCACGCGACCAAGCUUCUUGGUUAGCGCAACAGUACUCGCCAUGGUGUCUACUACAUAUGUUACUUAAGCAUCAUCCUAGCCUAGUCUCUACUCCAUUGCUAGAGGAACUCUUACCCCCACUUGCACUUUCUUACACCUCUUACUCUUUGCCUCAAUCACAUUCGCAGUCGCAGUCGCAGUCCCAGGCGCAGUCGUAUCCAUCGCAGUAUUCGCAGUCAAAUACUAGCACUACGCCGAUACCGGAUCAUCAAAGUUCUAAUCCACAGUCGCCAUCCCAUCCUGCACCAUCGGUCUCUACCGCAGGCACAAACACAAAUGUUACCCCAAAGGCAAAGGCUUUCCUAUCUCGGUAUUUAGUACAGCGGCUUCAUUUUGGGUACUAUGGGAAUAGAGCCAGAUUGUCCGAGUCUGCGGUUCGCUAUUUGACAGCUCGAGCGCGGCUUGAGUAUGGCUAUUUUGUAAUCCGCGGACGCGCAUUCUGGCAUGUCACAUCAGAGGAUUUGGCGGAGGAACAUCAACAGGACAUGAUGAAUAUUGUCAUCCCGGGGGGUGCGACUCCUUCAAAAGUUGAUCGAGAUGCAAAAGUAGUAGAGAGUGGAGUUGGUGCUAGUAGUAGUCGGUCAGGAGGUUCAUCAUUAGAUCAGCAGCGACAGCAACAGCAACUACCACCGCCGCAGCAACAACGACGGCAACGGCGGAAUCAUCAACAGCAAGAUCUACAUCAGCAACACAAUCUACAGCAGCAACAUAAUAAUGGACAAUCAUCGUCUCAAAACCAGCAUAAUCAAGGGCCUGGUUCCGGACAAGAUGGUGCAGACGAUCCCAGCGGAAAUAAGGAUGAAGAGUCAUCAGCUGAGACAGUGUCACAACAGGCUGCGUCAGCCCUUCCUAGUAGGAGACGAGGAGGAGGGGCUAGGUCAGGUUCAGGCUCUAGUGGCAGUAGAUCUGGUGUAGGCUUUAAUGGGGACAAUAAGACUGAGAUAAUGGACGAAGAUGAAAGACGGCAAAGGAUCCUUAAGAGGAACCAGCGCUGCGAGGAACGUGAAGAGCAAUUGUUGAUGUUGGAGGCAGUCCGGUAUCUAGAGCGGAAACAACCAGAGCUCAUUGACUUGCUUAUGCCGAUACUGACUUCAGCAACAGUUACCAAAGGGAUUCAGUCCCAAUCAUCGUCGCGACCUUCGACAAUCUCAGUGAUCCCAUCAUCAGCACCGUCAUUUCCCAUGGACAUAUCUGGAACUACUCCAAGCACUUCUAUGAUGUCAGAGCGGCAGGAAGCAGCCAUACAAUGGGCGCAAGUUGCGUUAACCGCACGGAUGGGCUCGUUGACAGAAUUGGAUGACGAUCUCCUGAUCCAUAUUCCUUCAUCUCCCUUUUUGACCCGGCCCUACGAUUCCCUUUGGAUGAGGCAUCUACAGCAUCCACCUUCGACAGUACCUCAAGGCUUUAUGAAGCCUCUUUCUGAAGCCAGUAAAAAUGAUCACCCAUUGGGGCCAGAUGGAGGUAUGCGCAUGGUUCAGGAUGAUGCCCGGCUCUUCCAAAUUUCCACAGGGAUCUUUGAUAAACUUGCAACACAUCCAAAAAAGUCUAAAAAACCGCCACCCACAAUCAUCGAAAGUGACCUGUCUUACUCGUCAGGGACAAUACGGGACCUGAUUUUAGAGUAUGGAUACAUGCCUUUGCCCGAGGACGAUGCAGAUCGAAAGUUACAUUAUCGAGGAGGUAGCGACAGAGCUCCCACAGGAGAGACGGAGGUGUUCCCAAGUGAUGGGACUCAUACGGCCAACAAGCGUAGUGCGAAGGGCCCAGGAACAUCAAUUUGGUAUUUUUAUGAUUUACAACCUGUAGAGGUUAUGGUCGGAUAUCUGGUCCAUCGAGUCCCUGAAGUGUUAGAUUUGUUGUUUCAAAAGGGGUUUGAGCUUUUGGCUCGGCCAGAGCCAGGAAUGCCAGGCAUUUCUCGCGCAAUGCUGCUACAGUGCUGUCUACCGGGAUUCCAUGCCAUGCUCCGUCAUAUCCUUCAACGGCCGUCGGAUUCUCAUUUAGCCAGGUUAUUACCGCCACCUCCGACACUGCCUACAAUUGUUCGGACGAUCAAAAAUGAGUUGAUGGGAUUUGGUGAGAAACCUAGGCGAAUUGAGUUUACACAGCAGGACUUUGCACAGGUUCUGAGGGAUGUGCCAGUAUUACAUCUGAGUGAUACAUUGAAUGUCUUGACUGAGAUCGGGAUGCAAGUUUCGGUUGUUCAGGAACGGCUGGUCGGACUAUUGCAGGCCCCAGGAGGCAUUGCACCCGUCAGUGUGGAAAAAGACGCGCUGUCUACUUUGUUUGUUAACUGUAAUCAGGAAACCAAACCUUCGGCGUCUGAAUCGCUAAUGUCAGCGACGGCGCUUGUUAAUCUCGCAAUCCAACAAUCAUUUGAGAUCCAGAUGGAUAUCACGGAGGUACGGGAUAGAGAGUGGAAACAUGAGUUCGAGGAGACAAUCAUGAAUCUCAAACGAAUGGAACUGAUUGUUCAUCCCGAUGUCUCGGAGUGGGUCAUGUCUCUGUUGGACCCUCGACAAUUGGCAUUUAAGAUUUGUUUUGAUCAUGCGCUGAUGGAAGCACUUUUGGGGAUCUCAGAGUGGAAUGUAGCACAAAUGAGACGGCUCAGGAGAUGGACCCGACAACAGGAACAAGAAGCUAGGAUGAGAAAUACAGGAAUGGGACGUCAGUGGGAAGAAGUAAAGCGGCAGCUAUUGGUUGUAAAGUAUGCUGAUCAUGAUCAUUAUAAUGCUGGAGAGGGUACUGAAGCCAAGAAGAGACUUGGAUUGGACAUUGAGUGGACCACGAAUGACCUGAUCACUUUGGCAACAUCUACGUUGGUGGCAGAGAAGCCCUUUAGCAAGACAUGGUGCGAGAUGAUUCGAAUCAGCGAUGACGGAUAUUUGUUGUUGGACAACGGAUUCCUUGAUCAGUCACCGCUCCUAUUGGAUCAAUGGACGACGAUGAUGACGGCUGGAGAAUGUUUAAAAGCGGAUGAUGGUAGUAUUUUGCUUGAGUCGAAUAUACAAAUGUAUGAGUUUCUGAGGAUGAAUGCUAAAAUUGAAGAGAAGCAUUGGAUCUGGUUAGCAAUGGGGUUAGUGACAAUAUCAUUGCAAGGAUCCCGUGUGAUUGAGAUUUUAGACUCGGAGCUAAACUUACCAAGGCCGGUAAUGUUAUCGACGAAUAGAAGCAAUGUUGUAACUAGUGGCGUAAGAGGCUCGGUUCCGGUCAGGAUGGCUUGUUCGCCACAGGCCUACCAACUGGUGUGGAUGAUGGCAUUGGCGUAUGUACGGCAGUCAUUAAAUUCAUACACGCCAUCUCAUCCUCCUGCAGUGAUGAUGCACUCAAACCAGGAUCAGCAGCAGCAGCAACAGCAGCAGUACGUUGAAUUUGGGACAAUUGUAGCUUCGCCGGCUUCUUCAGCAGCAGCAUUACAAGGCUCCUCAAUCUUCUCACCCAUAGCGCUAUCAACUACAUCCUCACCAGCAGCAAGGGGGGCAGGAGGAGUAAACACAGCCACACCAGUAUCGCCUCCAUUGUCUCCAGUGCCACAAUCAACAUGGAGGACAACGAUGCGUGGAUUGCAGCGGUUCUUGACAACACGUUUAGGACCAGAUGCACGGUUAGUGGUCGAGAUCCUCUUGGAGAUCGAGGCGGACCUUGGGGAUGUGCUGCUCGAUAGUGAAGAGAUUUUGAGGGAGCCACAAGAUUAACCAUAGGCAUUUGCAAUUGUAAAAUAAAAC